UCGCUAACUCAUUGAAACGACAAUUUAAGCAUGUAUUUGAUGGAAAUAUUUGGGGAAGUUCGUGUAAUAUUAGAAGAAUAAGAGUAUAUUUAGUUGUUAUAUUAAUUAGAAAAUGUAACUAUCGUUCAUCAUCUCGAAUAUAUUAAAUGUGUGUUAGAUUGGUAUUUUCGGAAAUUAUAAUCAUAUACUAGCAACAAAAGCAUCGAUUUAUGAAGCUAUGUUUGCAUUCAAAUGAUGUACCACAAAAUUUAUUGCAAAGGAUAAUGAUACAUCAUGAUUACUUUCAUAAGGAAUGCCUCCUCGAAGGUUUUUACCUUCAUUUAUACAAAUGCUAGAUACUUUUCAAAUAAUUCUGCGUAUGAUGUUAUUGUCGUGGGAGGUGGACAUGCUGGCACUGAAGCUGCUACGGCUGCCGCUAGGAUGGGCUGUAAAACGCUUCUACUCACCCAUAAAUUAGAGACGAUUGGGGAAAUGUCGUGUAAUCCAUCAUUUGGAGGAAUUGGAAAAGGUCAUUUGAUGAAAGAGAUCGAUGCUCUCGAUGGAAUGUGUGCUCGUAUUUGUGACAAAUCAGGAAUUCAUUAUAAAGUUUUAAAUAAAAGGAAAGGUCCCGCUGUUUGGGGUCCUCGGGCUCAAAUUGAUCGUGCCUUAUAUAAAAAGCAUUUACAGAAAGAAAUAUUUUCUUAUCCAAAUUUGACAGUAAUUGCUGGUUCUGUUGAAGAUCUAAUAAUUCAAAACAUAAAUGGAUUGAAAUGCCAUGGUAUAGUAUUAGCAAAUAAGGAAGAGAUUUGUGGUAAAACAGUAGUAAUAACUACAGGAACGUUUUUACGUGGACAAAUUAAUAUUGGAUUAGAAAGUUUUCCAGCUGGGAGAAUGGGUGAUGAACCUGCUAUUGGACUAGCUAAAACAUUAGAGAGAGCUGAAUUUAAAUUAGGGAGAUUAAAAACUGGAACACCACCAAGACUAGAAAAACAGAGUAUUGACUUCUCAGUUACAGAAUUGAAAUAUGCUGAUAAUCCUCCUCAACCAUUUUCUUUUGUGAAUGAAAAAGUUUGGAUAGAGCCUGAAAAACAAGUAUUGACAUAUAUGACUUACACUACUCCAGAAGUUGUUAAAAUUGUUAUGGACAAUCUUCAUCUUAGCUCCCAUAUUAAAGAAGAAAUUCGAGGACCUAGAUACUGUCCAUCCAUUGAAUCAAAAGUGAUUAGGUUUAAAAAUAGAGAACAUCAAAUAUGGUUGGAACCAGAAGGUCUUCAAUCAGAUGUGAUAUAUCCAAAUGGAAUAUCAUGUACUCUUCCACCAGAUGUUCAAUUGGAAAUGGUUCAUGCUAUACCUGGAUUGGAAAAGGCUAUAAUGAUUAAACCAGGGUAUGGUGUUGAAUAUGACUUUAUUGAUCCCAGGCAAUUGAAACCAUCAUUAGAAACUUUGAAAAUAGAAAAUCUUUUCUUAGCUGGACAAAUUAAUGGUACUACAGGUUAUGAAGAAGCAGCAGCUCAAGGUAUUAUAGCAGGAAUAAAUGCAGGAUGUAAGGUAAAAUGCCUAAAUCCAUUUAUUGUGGAUCGCACAGAAAGUUACAUUGGAGUAUUAAUUAAUGAUCUAACAACACUUGGAACUGACGAGCCAUAUAGGAUGUUUACCAGUAGAGCUGAGUUUCGUCUACUGCUUAGACCAGACAAUGCUGAUUUAAGACUUACUGAGAAAGGACACAAAGUUGGAUGUGUUUCAGAAGAAAGAUAUAAAAACUUUUGUGUUAUUAAAUAUCAUCUUGAUUCUGCUAUUUCAUUUUUAAAAUCUCAAAUGAAACCUAUUAAAAUGUGGAAAAAUUUAAUUAAUGUUGAAAGUGUAGGAAACUGCAAUGAAUUUAAAACUGCUUUUGAAUUACUUCGAUGUGAAUGGGUAACAUUUGAUAUGUUAUCUGAACUCUUUCCAAAUGAAUUGAAGUCACUUGCAAAAGAUGAACAUUUAAUAAAUAGAUUGAAAGUAGAAGCCAUCUAUGAAGAUGCUAUAAAAGAACAGAAAGCUGAAAUUAAAGAAAUGCAACAAGAGAAUGAACUGGAAUUGCCACAAGAUAUUGAUUAUAACUUGGUCAGUUUAAAUCUUUCAAAUGAAGAGAAAAAGAAAUUGGAAGAUUGUAGGCCUGCAACAGUGAGUUAUUUAUAGAAAAAAUUUCAAUUGUUCAAUAUAGUUUAAAAAAAAAUUCUUUGUGAAAUUUCAUUUUAAAGGAAUCUAAAGAUAGGACUAGACUUGUUACAUAUCCUUAUAUUAUUCUAUCAAUCUAGGGAUAUGAUAUGAUGCAAUGUGACUUAUUUUUCUUCCAUAUCUCAUAUACCAUAUCAUGUUUCCAUUUAAAAGGCAAGAACAGGACAAAGUUUUAGUUUGGAAACAGUUUUAAAAACAGCAAUGACCCAUCUGUGAAAUUAAGAAGAAUACACCUACAUUUAUUACAUUUUUAAACGAAACAAGUCACAGUAAUUAAUUUUAUAAUAUCCUCCUUACUCCAUUCCAUUCCAAAUAUAAACACAUUUAAUAAACACAGACUUGUGUGUAGCCUUUGCACUCUACAUGUGGUGUGUGCAACUGAGAAGAAAUAGACUGAUGAGAUGUGUGCACAUCCUUAUGUUGGGUAUCAUCCCUUUGAUGUGAUGGCAAAAGACUGACAAGAGAAUAAUUGCAUUUAAUGUGUAUCAUUGUAUCAACAUUUUGAUACAAAACAGUUUGUUGGUGCCAUUCACACUGACAUGAUACAAGGAUACACAACAAGUCUCAACCUACCUUAAAGAGGAGUAAUAGGCUACUUGAUAUUUUGGUGCUUUAAUUAACUCCUUUAUCAGCAUUCUUUACUUGAAAUAACAAAACAAAAUUGUUGCGUAAGAAGUACUGUAAUGGUCAAAUGUGAGUGCUAUGAAAGUCUUGGAAAUAUUUGAUCUGGAAGAAUUAGAAAAUUAUUUUGUAUAUGAAUCUAUGCAGAGGUGAUAAGAAACGAGAAUGCUUAUAUCAAACCAUUAACUUUAAUAUCAAAAAUGUUCCUCAGUUGUGCUUUCUAAAACAUUUUCACUUCAAAGAAAACAGUAUGAGUUAGAUUUUUAAUAAGGACUGUAACAAUAGAAAGCCAUAAAAUUCAAAAGACGUCAACUUUUUUCUUUAUUAUUUAUAAUUCUGUUUGUUGCCAUAGCAACAAUUUCAAAUAAUUAAAAUAAGAAUUUCAUUAUCAGUUUUAUUAAAUUAA